UUAGGCUGCCAACGACGAGGGGUCAGCGGUCUGCGGAGGAGGAAAGCCGGGCCUCUGCGGGGCUGGGCACCGACCGCAGCGUGUUGGUGUUAGAGGCGUGAGCAUGCACCCCGAGGCCUCGGAGCCUGCGGAGGACGCGGCGGCCGGGCCGGACCGCGCGCAGGAGCCGGGCGUGGAGGAGUCCGCGGGUGACCACCGGGACGCGGGCCAAGGGGCCCGCAAGGAAGAAAUGAAUGACUCUAAGGAACUCUGCAUGGGUAUUUCUGACACUGCCUAUCAAAACCAGCAGAAACAGAGUGGUGAUGGAGCAUCAGACGGUCAAUUAGCACACCGGAGAGAGGACAGGGACGAUCAGGGCCCCAGAAUGACUAAACAUUUCCUGCAGAAACUCUGCAAGCAACACAAGCUUUACAUCACCCCAGCAUUGAAUGAUACUCUGUAUUUGCACUUUAAAGCAGGGUUCGCCCGUAUCGAGAACCUGCAGGAAUACACGGGACUGCGCUGUCUCUGGCUGGAGUGCAAUGGGAUCCAGAAGAUCGAGAACCUGGAGGCCCAGACGGAGCUGCGUUGCCUCUUCUUGCAAGUGAACUUACUUCAUAAAAUCGAGAACCUAGAACCUCUGCAGAAGCUGGAUGCCCUUAACCUGAGCAACAAUUACAUCAAGACCAUCGAGAACCUCUCCUGCCUCCCCGUGCUCAACACACUGCAGAUGGCCCACAACCACCUGGAGACCGUGGAGGACAUUCAACACCUGAGGGACUGUGCGAAGCUUUGCGUCCUUGACCUUUCCCACAAUAAACUGAAGGACCCAGAGAUCCUGAGCAUCCUGGAGAGCAUGCCUGAUUUGCGCGUGCUGAAUUUGAUGGGAAACCCAGUUAUCAGGCACAUUCCUAAUUAUCGAAAGACAGUCACGGUUCGCCUGAAGCACCUGACCUACCUGGAUGACAGACCAGUUUUCCCAAAGGACAGGGCUUGUGCCGAGGCCUGGGCCCGGGGAGGGCACGCAGCUGAGAAGGAGGAGAGGCAGCUGUGGGAGAGCAGAGAGCAGAAGAAGAUUGCAGACAGCCUGGAGGCCUUGGCAAUGAUCAAGCGGCGGGCUGAGGAGAGGAGAAGAGAGAAAGAAGGGGAGAAGCCACCUGCAAACAGCGGGGACGGGCAGGAGGAAGCUCCUCUGGACAGAGAAACGCGGCAGAAGAUGGAGUUAUUUGUGGAAGAAAGCUUCGAGGCCAAGGAUGAGCUGUUCCCAGAGAAGACAAGUGGAGGGGAGGAGCCGCCUCCAGAGGUUAACAGGGACACGGAAGAGGAGGAAGAAGCAGGGAGCCUUCCUGCGCAGGCCCCGGCGCCCCUGGGAGCCGCCAGGGGAGAGCCAGACUCCCAGGUGGCAGAGACUGCAGGUAUGCUGGUGACGGAACUCAUCGGGACUGAAGCUUCAGAAACCACAAACCCAGAGGCCCAGGAGAAGUUCUUCAUCGAUGACCUACCUGAUCUGGAAGACGUGGAGGACUCGGGCGUGUCUCGGGAAGACCAGGACAAGGUUGGAAGGUGCUCUCUCAAGGUCGAGGUCAUCUCGAGCUUGGGCGACGACAGCAACCCUGACCUGGACGACGUGUCUCCAGGGCUGGAGUGCAGGCCCACAGACGCCCUGCCACGUGUAUUUGCAGUCUCUGAGGAUGCCUCAGAAAAGGCUGAGGUGCCUUUUGCAAACAUAUUUAAGGAAGAAGCGACAAGGGACUCAGGAAUCCCAAGUCAAGACAUCAAGGCCCCACGGGUGCUCAUUCAGGAGAUGCACGACCCUGAGUCCUCGGUCCAACCCCCUGUGCUCUCCUGCAGAGAUGCUGCACCUACUCCUCCCAGCAACAGUGGGGACAACCAUCUCCCUGCAGCCCUCCCACCAGCAGACUGGACUGGGAAGAAUGAAGCACAGACCGAGGAGUCCAGUGGGGGGACAGGCCGGGAGGACAUUGAAUUUGGUUUGGACUAAAUCCAAGGCGGCCCCUCUACCAUCAGACUCCCGGGGACUGGGAGCAGGCACGGUCAGCCCUCCACCCAAGUGCUACCGUGGGGCCCCGCCGUGACACGGGCUCCUGGCCUCCACACCAUGCCUCGAGCAUGCAAUGGUCAUUUCUCCUGUUACCUGUGGUAUGAAUUGCGUGAUUACAAGGGUCUAGUUUGCAUAAUAAAUGUUUUAGCAUCUGUGCA